GCCUGAGCUACAGUAUCACAUAUCUCACCUUGACUUUACCUACCGUACCUAGCCAAAACGCUACAGGCUGGCGAGUAUCGUCAAGUCUCUGGAAGUGCUAUUCCCCAGCAGAGUUGGCGAUCCAGCUGGUGACUAUCACCAUACGCCUACUUGAACGGAACGCAGAUCCGACCGUAACGUUAUCGUUGACCCCUCGAGAGGCCAUUAUCCCUGUCCGGACGAGCUCAGUCGAGUCGGAUGCGAAGCCGAGGGGCACCAAAGAUUCGUUUGCAAUGGGCUCCUAGUACCUAGCAUAUCAGCUGUGCAAGCGCAUCGCCUCGACGUCCAAGCCUUUCCGAGCCCCCGCCAUGGCCCAACCGCCAUCUUUCGGCUCUAACAACCCCUUUCGCCGUAAAGCUCCCUCCGAUUCUGCCCCUCCAGCCCCGCCUCGUACCGUUCCCCCGUUCGCCGAAGAUGAAGCCUCGACGUCGACCCCUGGCAUCGCGCCCACGGCGCUGUCCGGCGAACAGUUUUGGAGCCACUUGCAAGCCCAUGCUCAUCCGAGUCAACCGCCGCCCACGACAAGCUUUCAGAAACCAAAGGUCGUGAAGAAGGUCCGCGUACAAUCGCCCCCGCCAUCAUCGCCCGAGUCGGCUGGUAUACCUGAGCGGUUUCCGCCCGUCGAUUGCGAUGAUGACGAAGAGAGUAGCAGUACAGACGCCGAUGAGCACCUAGAUCCGUUCAGUUAUGCCCCUUCCACCGGCUCCGUGGAUGGCUCGGACACGGGAGGUGAGCCGCAGCCGACACAACCGAAUCGUCUUCCACCAAAUCCGUUUCAGAAGACGCUUCAGGACCCGGCAACUGGAUCGAUUGAGCCACCACAGGGGCCAGGGGCGACCUCGGGAACAAAGAGUACGCUGGAUGUAGAAGCUUUCAGACGGCUGUUGUUAACCGGCGAGGCGCCCCAUCCUACCCAGCAGACCACUCCGCAGACCACUCCGCCGAACGAUGGUGCAAGUACAACAGACAAUUCAUCCAUCUCGCGUCAGUCUAUAUCCGAUACAAUACAUCUUGCCCUGGAGACUCCGCGUACAUCGCACGAAGUCUCUGAGCUCGAAGCCGAGGAUGACCGGAGAGCGUUGAUCAGCAGCUCUCAGUCAAGCUUACAGCCUGGCCCGACCAUUUUGAGGAAAAAGCCCCCGCCCCCGAGCUCACGGCAUGGGAAAUUGAUCAGGACAGAGACAAGAGGCGAAGCAACAGAUGCUGGGGCUAGGUCCCCCCUAUCAUUACCGAGUCCGACACGCAGAAAUACUACGAUACCCCUGACCUCGCCAUCAAGACAGAGACCUCCGACCCCGUCAGACGUUAACAAACCGCUGCCCCCUGUUCCACAAAGACUGCCCGCAGACGAUGACGCGGAAAGCGUGUUUGAUCGCGUAGCAGCGGGCAAGGUCCCGGAGCCUGAUAUGGAGUAUGGACUAGGCAUCACCAUGUCUCCAAGGCCACCCACACCGCCAAAGCCAUCGCGUACAGCCUCAAACACCCAAUCCAGGAAGCCUGCUCCUCCCCCGAGGCGCCAGCCGCACGGACGCACCGAGAGCAAAGUAACCGCUGCCGCGUCGCAGCCAACAGUUGGUCCAGAUGACCCGGACUCACCUUUGCGCCGAUCCUCGGUGGACUCAACGAGAUCGCGCUCCUCCAGCUUGCGCGUCAGCAUCCACGCCCCGGCACCGCCUCCGCCCCGUCGGCCAAGCCACCGUACCUCAAAUUCACUAACGUCACCUCCAGCGGUUAGCGCUGUGUCUCCAAGUAGCGAAAACUUCCCAGCAGACGCUGCUUCCCCCCCAGCUGCUGAGCCGUACGUCCAAACACAACCACUGGCGGUGAUAACUUCAUCCCCGCUACCCAUCCAAGACAGCAGCAACCACAGCAGCAGUAGCAGCAUUAGCGGUAACGACCAGAGUCUAGAAACGGUCAUUCAAGCCCCCGCCCCCGUCCCCGUCCCUGCCCAACCUCCAACUCAAGCACCUACAGCCGAGACAGUGACUACCACUGUCGCUACAGGAGCAGGCCCGGCGGACAGCCCAUCCUUGAGCCCAGCAAGCCAUGGUACCCAAGCCCAAGCCCAAACCCAAAGUCCUUCAGCCGCGGCGCCGCUCCGUACAAAGCUCUCGCCCCCGCCACCACCGCCUGCGCGCAAUGCCUCUCUUCGUGCGAAAAGGCCGGGAAGUGGUGGUAGUGGUGGCGGGGGCGGCGGGGGGAGUGGUGGUGCUGGCCUGCUGUCCCCCCCGCCGUCCCGCAAGGGAAGUACUGGGCGAGCAAAGGACAGUGUGCCUCCCGUUGCUGCACCCCCGCCGCCCCCGCCGCCAUCUAGGAGGGAUAGGGAUCGGGACAAGAGUUGGCGGCGGGAUAGUGGGGAUAGUGUGAUUCCUGCUGGUCCUGGUAGUAGCGGUGGGGGUCCUAGUACUGAUGGUGGUGUUGGCACUGGUACUGGUACAGGCACGGGGCAGGGCGGUGGGCUUGAUGGGCUGCCGAUGGCGGAGCGGUCGCCGGGGGAUGCUGACGACCUGUCACCGUCGGCACCGGCGGCAGCGUCGGCGGCACCAGAUAUACUCGCCGACCUGGGCAGGCUGCAGAGAGAGGUGGAUGCUCUCAGGGGAAGGUAUGAGAUUGAAAAGGGGCAUCAGGGGCAAUCUGAGGGUUAGGGUUGAGUAUGAUUAUUGACGAUGAUUAUGGGUUCUGGGUAUAGAAAUGACCGCUGCUUGCAACGAGUUAGAAGACCGGGGCAAAUCCCCUUAAAACGUGGAAUGACCAUGUUGGUACCUACUGGACCAGUACCGUUAGACCACUCGCUCUGCCGCUAUGAAAGAC